AUGGCCCAUGAUCUUGUUCUUCUUACUGGAGCUACGGGCUUUAUUGGCUUUCGAACUCUAAUCUUUCUUUUGAAAGCGGGUUACAAAGUCCGCGCCGCGGUUAGGAACGCUACAGGAUCCGAAAAGAUUAAAGCUAUAAAACCUAUUGCCCAGUAUGAGUCUCAGAUAGAAUACAUUAUUGUCCCCGAUAUCACUAUACUGGGCGCCUAUGAUGAUGCUGUCAAAGGAGUGAAAUACGUUGUGCAUGUGGCAUCGCCUUUUGCCUCUCCUGAUCUCCUCGAAAGCGAAUUUGAAUCCAAUUAUAUUCAACCAGCAAUUAAAGGGAGCACUGGCAUAUUAGACUCUGCAGCCGCUAUUCAAGGCAUCGAAAGAGUUGUUAUCACCGGGUCCUAUCUUUCAAUCGCUGGCUUUGCUGUCGCAGGCACAGAUGCUGUUGUUGAUGAGACCCAUCGUAGCGCCGUUACUGUUGGGCCAUACCCCAACUGGUUGGCAGCAUACGCUGCUUCAAAGGCUUUGGCUUUUGAGGCUACCAAAGAGUGGAUGGCCAAACAUAAGCCGUCAUUCGAUCUAAUUACCAUUGAGCCAGUUUUUGUGCUUGGUCGAGAUGAUACUGCCACAAGGCCAGAGGACCUUUUCAGAGGUCCCAACGGCACGCUAUUAGGCCCCUUGGUAGGCCAUCCGCAGCCUGAACCAACCAUGUGUUGCCCAGUCCAUGUCGACGACGUGGCGUUGAUGCAUGUCCGAUCUCUUGAUCCUGCUAUUCCUGGCAAUGAAGACUAUCUGUCUAACUCACACUCUCUUGAAAAUAUGGAAUGGGAGCAAUCUUUUGACAUUAUCAAGAAACAUUAUCCAAAGGAAUGUGCCGAAGGUAUCUUCAAGGUCGAUACUACAGAGCGGCCGAAGAGUCUUAAAGUUAGGAUUGACAGUACCAAGGCCGAAAAAACAUUUGGCAUUACCUUCAAAUCGUUUGAAGAACAAGUAUUGAGUAUUGCUGGACAAUAUCUGGAGCUGAUUGGGCGGAAGUGA